AUGCCCAAACUUCUCCACCUGGUCAUCCUGGUGAUGGCCUUGCUGGUGGUAACAACAGAGACUCAGGCAUCAAUAAUGAAGACCACACAGUGGCCACGACUGAAGCCCACUAAAAAGCCUCUGACUCAGGAUGAAGUUGGUCCUCCACAGCCACCUGGCCACUUGAGCACCCGGCAGAUCACUACCACUAUGAGCCCGACUGCCAGUGGUGUCACAGAAGAAACCACAGACUCCAUGAUGGAUGUGUACUCCACUUCGCCUACUGACAGCACCACCUACUCUAGUGAUGCCUAUUCUGCUGACUACCACACUGAGGCCAUGGUUCCUCCUAGGGUGGGCCCUGGGAACUACACGCUGGAAUACAACGAAUGCUUCUUUAACUUCUGUGAGUGUUGUCCACCAGAGAGAGGUCCUCCAGGACUAGUGGGAGAAAAGGGGUUGCCAGGUAUUCCAGGGGCAAAGGGGGAGAUGGGACCUCCUGGACCUCCAGGUAAAGAUGGACUCACCAGUGCUCCUGGGCAACACGGAGAGAAAGGAGAGAAAGGUGAUCCUGGAGUGACUGGGCUGCCUGGUAUUCCCGGCAUUACUGGGAAACAAGGAGAGAAAGGUGAAAUAGGCCUCAAAGGAGACAAAGGAGAUGCAGGUAUACCAGGGCCGAAAGGAGACCUAGGGGACCAUGGAGAGCCUGGCUGGAAUGGAACAAAGGGAGAGGUUGGUGAGCCUGGCACGCCUGGAAUGACGGGGCCCUCUGGACCAGAUGGAACCAAGGGGGAGAAAGGCGACAAAGGAGACUGUCCAUUUGGGGAAAGGGGGCAGAAAGGCAAUACAGGUGAGCCAGGGCUUCAAGGGCUAAAAGGAGACAUGGGCAUGCCAGGUCUGAAUGGCACAGAUGGCCUUCCCGGUGCUAAGGGGCCCAAAGGAGACCCAGGACCCCCAGGUAAGCAGGGAGAGCCUGGUCCUCCAGGACCUCAAGGACCACCAGGGCAGAGGGGGAUGCCAGGGAUGAAAGGAGCCAGGGGACUGAAGGGAGCACGAGGUGUUAGGGGGUUGAAGGGUGCUAAAGGUGAACCUUCCAUUCAGAAGCGCUCAGCCUUCAGUGUCGGCCUCUUUCCCAGCCGAUCGUUCCCGCCACCAGGCCUGCCAAUAAAAUUUGACAAAGUCAUUUACAAUGAAGAAGGUCACUGGAACCCAAACACCAGCAAGUUUAACUGCACUCAUGGGGGUGUUUAUGUGUUUUCCUACUACAUAACUGUGCGUAAUCGUCCCCUACGUGCAGCCCUGGUUGUGAAUGGCAUUCGGAAACUGCGAACUCGUGACUCGCUCUACGGUCAGGACAUUGACCAGGCGUCCAACAUGGCAGUGCUGCGUCUAACAUCUGGUGACCAGGUAUGGCUGGAGACUCUGCGGGACUGGAAUGGUGUUUAUUCCAGUAGUGAAGAUGACAGCACAUUUUCUGGAUUCCUGCUCUAUGCAGGUGCCAAGGAUUGAUUGCCAGAAAUCGCACAGGCGAUCAGUUUAAACCAUUUUAGACCCUAUACUUUGUUACCUAAGGGCGAAGUGGAAGACUCCUAUAUUUCCCAGUAAUUUGAACUAAAAACAGUAAUUGUACAGCCACUAAUUAUUACUUAUCCUGCUGUAGCAUCAGAAUAAUCAGUGUCAAAUUGUUAAUUUUUUUUAUAAGGUGAUGAUUUGUGGAAGCUAUUUGUUUAGCUCUUCACAUAUUUAGUUAAUACAGAUGGCAGCUUAUACAAUAAAGAACAAGAAUGCUUUAUUUCUGUGCUGUUUUUUUACCCAAAGGCCACAUUGCUCUUUUUAUUUUUACGUCUUUGAAUGUUUUUUUUUUUUUUUUAUUUUAGCGCUAUGAAUGCAUUUUUAAAAGGGGAAAAAUAAUUGAAAUCAUUUAAUUAAAUAAAAUCGCUAUCAAAACAAAAGGCUGUUAGCUACAAAAUCAAAUCAACCCAACAUAAAAUAAAAAGCAGCUUUAAAUAAUGCUCAAAAUAUAAUAAUAAAUGAUCUGCUAGAAUCCAUUUAAGUAACUGGCUACAACUAUGUCCAUUGUAAUGGUAGCUGCUGAUAUAAUCGCUUUUACAAGUUAAGUUGAUUGUGUUUUCUUUUCAUGUUCUUUUCAGGUUUUCAGAGCUGAUUUUAGUGUUUUUCCUGCUCUCUGCAGGAAACACACUAUACAGGUGCAUCUCAAUAAAU